UAAAAGAUAUUUUCAACAAUCACAGAAAAAUCAAUGAGAACCUGGCUAAAGCAUUUGAGUAUAAAAAUAUUAAAUGGUCAUUUGAGAAAUUUGCAAGAAGAAAACAUAACAAAGAAAAUUAAAACAAAUGUUAGUAUCUCUUUUGAAUAUGAACAUAUAUGAGAUUCACCUAUAAAAAUAUUUCAUUUAAAAACCAAAUUUAGGUAUCAUGCUAUGUAUGUACACAUAUUGAAUUUUCUAGGUAAUAUGCCUAGAAACACAUUUUUUAAUGGGUAUAUUACUACUUAUGCAAGUAGUCCUGUUACUAUUUAGAUUGAGUUCCAUUUUUAUGCAUUAUAAAUCAUAUAGCUCACACUUCUUUGUAUGUAAAUCUUUGUUUAAAUAUUUAUUUCCUUAGAAUAGACUUCUAGAAGUAGAAUACUAAAUCAGUAGAAUACUAAAUCACAAGGUAAAAUCAUUUUUUAAUGUUCUUAAUAUAUACAUUGUCAAAUUGCCUUUCAGAAGGACUAUGCCAGUUUAUAAUCCUAGUAUAAUUUAAAAAUUCUUGUUUUCGUAGCUGUCAUUUUUACUGAGAACACUUUUAAAGCAUUGUUAACCAGAUAGAUAAAAAAUUGAAAUGUAAUUUCCUUCAUUAUGAGUGGAGGUAGUAUUUUUCCCCACGCUUUUAUUAGCCAUGACCACAUAAAAAAUAAACUGCUGUAAAAUAGUGGACGUGAUUGCAAUCAUUCCAUGGGAAAGCACCAUGUAAAGAAUAAGUAGGUAGGAUCUUAGGUUAAGGUCAAGAAACAAAUAUUUAUCAGGUGCCUCCUCUGUCCAGGACAAUGCUGGAAUAAUGAACCAUGUUUGGCCCUGUGUAACUGAAACUACUUUUACCUACAUUGUCUCAUAUAAGCCUCCUAACCAGUACAUGAGAAAAGUGUCCCUGUGGAUUGACAUGCACUGCCCCUCUCCAAAAUUCAUUUGCUAAGACUCUAACUCCCUUUGUAACUAUGUUUGGAGACAGAGCUUUUAGGAGGUAAUCUAGGUUAAAGAGAUCAUAAAGAUGGGUCCCUAAUCCAAUAGGAUUCCAGUCUCAUAAGAAGAGAAAGAGGGAGCCAUCGCUCUCCUGGUGCGCAUGCACUAAAGAAAGACCGUAUAAGGACACAGCAAGAAGACAGCCGUCUACAGGAUAGGAAAAGGAGUGUCACCGGAACCUGACCAUGCUGUCACCCUGGCCUUUUCUAGCCGCUGGAGCUGUGAAGAAAUAAAUUUCUAUUGUUUAAGCCACGCAGUCUAUUUUGUUUGAGUAGCCUGAGAAGACUAAGAGUGAGGUGGGAGAAGCAGAGCCUUUUGAAGCCAGACUUCUUGAAAUAAAUUCCCGGCUUUCCUGCUCACUAGCGCUAAGGCUUUAGGUAAGUUAUGUGACUUUUCUGUGACUCAAGUUCCUCGUAUAUAAAAUGAAUUCCUACAUUUUUUUAUUAUUUGAGGGAAAAGUACUUGGGACAACGAUUCUCACAUAUAUACUGUAUGUAUGUGUGAGUUUGUUUUUAUGGUAUAUUUUAAAUUUAUAAUGCAAAAUAUGAAUCUUUUUCCUACAAAUAUUGAAUUAUGGAAUCUAAGAAUUUAAAAAAAUACCAUUGUUAUUUUUACAGCAAUGAUAUAGUCUGUCCAUUCCAUAACCCAACCCUAAAUCACUGACAUUUAAUGGCACAACUUCUAAGGGAUCACCAAAGUUCAGGGAAACCAAAUACACGUUAAAAGAGAGUCCUCAGUAAGAUGCACUUGUAAUCUAAGGAGAAAAAAUUUUCAAACAGAGGGUCAGAAUGUAUUAGUAGGCUGUGAAAUCAAUCUCAUGAUUUACAACCAGCCUUUUUAAAAAAUAAAAUAAGCUAUAAAUAAGCUAAAUUAAAAUAUAUCAGAGAGCCCUUAAGGUAGCGUUGUUUUCAGAGUUUUUGUUUCAGAUGUUUGCGUGUAGGUGCACAUGUGGGCACAUGGAUGUGAAGCAGAGUGAAAGAGAUUUUUCCAUUUUACUUUGCAAUCAGAAGUUUGAAAGUCGUCAUCAUCUGAUUUCCUCUGAAGUAUUUCAGAAGAAUGAAUACAUUAUCGUAAUCUUUCUUUCCCCACAGCUCUGUAGACACAACUGCCAGGCCAGUCCUUUUAGAGAUCUGGGUCUGUGGUUUCCAAUGAGCUCUUCAUAUAAGGAUUCCUGCCUCACAUUUUAUAUUAAGGGAAGGGAUUCUAUUUGUUUCCUUGAUUUCUAUUUGUUUCCUUGAUUUCUUUUUUUUUUUUUUUUUUACAGUGAAGUGUGAAGGAGAUGGGAUGGGGGUGGGCAUAGGGGUAAGGUUUAACUAAUGAAAUCAGAAACAAAACUAAGUUUAGGACGCCAGCCACAAGGGGACCUGAUCUUGGCCAAGCAGAUACCAUGUGUGAGAUCCAUAGUAUUUACUUGAGGGUCUGCUAUCAAGCUGUAGAGACUGAGAAGUUGUUUUAGUCACAAACAACCCACAUGUCUGUAGAUCAUGGUUUAUUAGAUUGUGUUUGCCCAAAUAAGGUGGUACAGUACCUGAAGUUUUUUCAACAAUUCUAAAAGCAUCUUUCAAGUCUGCAGUGAGACCUCUAAGAUAUCUGUGUUACUUCCCUCGUGUACAUAAAUAAUUUUCAAUUAGAAUAAAGGUGUGAAUAAUUUAUUUUUUCCACUGACUGGAAGCCAACCAUUUGGAAGACCACUCAGGAGAAAUGAGAUAAGUCUUUUGUUAAAAAUUACUUUUAUAUUUACAAGGAAAAGAGGAAGUUUUGUUCUUCUCUUUGAAUUUUGGUGACAACUGAGAGCUUUAUUGAAUAGCUUUGGCAUGCAGAGUCAUUUUUCAUUAAAAAUUGAAAAGGCAUCUGAAAUCUGUAUCUCUAUGGGUUAUUUGGCAGUGGAACCUGGGCAAUUCUGUGCAAGAGAUUUUUGAGAUAUUCAAUUUUUGGAAGUGAAACAAACACAAAUGCUCCUCCUCCAAGGGGCGGGGGCGGUGCCUGAGCGAUGAACCAAUCACAGCGCGCCCUGCCCUAUAUAAGGCCCUGAGGCCCAACCCCCCACCCUCGGCAUUUUGCGGUACUUGCUGAAUGGUAUCUUCUGGUUUUCUUUGCUGUUAUGUCUGAGACGGUGCCUGCCGCUCCAGCCGACCAGGUUCCGGUUUCCAUGGCGAAACCUCCAGCUAGGAAGCGGGGAAAGAAGCCGGUUGGCUUGACGGGUGUGAAUCGGAAGACAGCAAGCGCAUCAGUGUCCAAGUUGAUUACUGAGGCGCUUUCAGUCUCCCAGGAGAGAACUGGUAUGUCCUUGGCUGCGCUGAAAAAAGCGCUAGCAGCCGCAGGUUACAACGUGGAGAAAAACAACAGUCGCAUCAAGCUGGGUCUCAAAGGCCUGGUGACCAAGGGGAUCCUGGUUCAGACUAGGGGUACCGGUGCGUCUGGCUCUUUCAAGCUCAGCAAGAAGGCUGCUCCUGAGCUUAAUAAGGGAAGAGUCAAAAAACGUGCUUCUGCGAAGAGUAAGAAGCUGGUCUUAUCCAGAGAUUCAAAGUCUCCGAAGAAUGGCAAAACCAACAAAAGAGCUAAGAAGCCGAGGACCACGGCGGCUCAGAAGGCUGCUAGGAACGGGCAAAAAGCUAAAAGAACCAAAGACAAGCAACAACGGAAGAGCCCAGCGAAGGCCAGGGCAGGAAAGCCCAAAACUGGGAAUCCUAAGUUGACCCAGCAGAAAACUAAUACUAGGAAAGCAACAACCAAGAAGUAACAUUUCUUCAACAACCAGUUUUCAUAGAACCCAAAGGCUCUUUUCAGAGCCACCUAAGUGAUUUUAGGAGGGUUGUAACAUCGUUUCCAGAAGUCCCUGGAAGACGACUAGUGGUUAACCUAAGUGUUUGAUAAAUGAACCUGUGAUGUGGUGAAAUCUAUCUUAUUGGACAUACAGUACAGAUACUUUAGCGUGGUUAUUGUCCAAUUCCAGAGAAUUGUCCAUCCUAACAAAACCAGGGCACAUUCCUUAGGUUCUUAAACGCUCUGAGAAUACUGGAAGGAGCAGCCAUUCUCUUCCCUAGGAGGAUCUUCCCGAUCUAGGGAUCAAACCCAGGUAUCUUGCAUUAGCAGGCAUAUUCUUUACCAUCUGCACAGCUAGAAAAUCCCUCUUUGAGAGCUAAAAAGUUUAGGUCUAGUUUCUGAGCGGAGAUCUGCUCCGUGCCUCAGCUAUGUUUUACCGUUUUCUUUUCUUCACCUAAUUCUCCAGUAUGUACUUUUAUGUAUCAUUCUGUAUAAGGGUUCUGAACUCCGUAUCCAUGGACUUAACAGGGGUUAAUGUAGGGAAACCAAGGUCUCAAUGUGGGUUAGUGGGAAUUUUUUUUUACUUACUAAACAUCUUUCCACUGUGAUUUUGUGUAAAGCAAAUGUUUUCGUUUUACAUUUGCAAGAAUAUUGAAAUUUUUGUUUCAUUACUAUGAAAGCUGUGAUUAUUUUCUAUAUGUUAAGCACAUAUAUUAAAAUUUGGUUUUGUAAUAUAGUCUUAAUAUAAUUGUGGUUGUCAGUGAAGAGUGUCUUGUUCAUAUUGCCCUACACAGGCUGAAAAAUGUUAAACCAUGUAUGGAGAUGUUGGGAGCUCAAUGUGACCUUUAAAUUACAAACCUGCUUGUAUUAGGAAAAGCAUCUUUUCCACUUUAAACAAUUUACUUUGUUUUUACUUAUAAUUUAGCCUUAAAGAUCCUCGUAAAUAAUAAAUUUAUACUGUUCAUCUU